CCGUCCGCCUGGCCCCGGAGCGGGAGUUCAUCAAGUCGCUGAUGGCCAUCGGGAAGCGCCUGACCACGCUGCCCACCAAGGAGCAGAAGACGCAGAGGCUCAUCUCCGAGCUGUCCCUGCUCAACCACAAGCUGCCCGCCCGCGUCUGGCUGCCCACCGCCGGCUUCGACCACCACGUGGUGCGGGUGCCCCACACCCAGGCGGUGGUCCUGAACUCCAAGGACAAGGCUCCCUACCUGAUCUACGUGGAGGCGCUUGAGUGCGAGAACUUCGACACCACCAGCGUCCCGGCCCGCAUCCCCGAGAACCGCAUCCGCAGCACCCGCUCGGUGGAGAACCUGCCGGAGUGCGGCAUCACCUACGAGCAGCGCGCCAGCAGCUUCACCACCGUGCCCAACUACGACAACGACGACGAGGCCUGGUCCGUGGACGACAUCGGGGAGCUGCAGGUGGAGCUGCCCGAGCUGCACACCAGCAGCUGCGACAACAUCUCGCAAUUCUCGGUGGACAGCAUCACCAGCCAGGAGAGCAAGGAGCCCGUCUUCAUCGCGGCGGGGGACAUCAGGAGGCGCCUCUCCGAGCAGCUGGCCCACACGCCCACCUCCUUCAAGAGGGACCCCGAAGACCCCUCGGCCGUCGCCCUGAAGGAGCCCUGGCAGGAGAAAGUGAGGCGGAUCCGAGAGGGCUCCCCUUACGGCCACCUGCCCAACUGGCGGCUCCUCUCCAUGAUUGUGAAGUGCGGGGACGACCUCCGGCAGGAGCUGCUGGCCUUCCAGGUGCUCAAGCAGCUGCAGGUAAGGAAG